AAGGGAUAGAGGACAAAAACGUGACUAGGCAGCCUAAGAGCUGUUAUGCAACCGCUGACCUACUAACACAUAUUUCUCGAAAGGGAGCCGUGAAACUGGAGCAAAGUGUCCGGCACUUUACCACACACAGGCAGCCCGAGCCAAAAGACGGAAACAGCAAUCCACCCGACCCACUGACUCAACCACAACUGACCCGAGCGCCGACAGGAACAGGAGAAGAAAACUUUUCGGUUUUGGGGAGCUUUCUAUUCGUAGAAGUAAAGGAGAAAACCAGGAGCGAGACAGCUUUUGUGUCCGGGAAGCCUGAAAAAUUUCCCCUCCUCCAGGACAUUACAAGUGGUCAGCAAACAGCAUCAUUGAAUUUGGAUCCUCAGGGAGCACCAAAGUAGACCUACUGACCUACAUCCUUUAAAGACAGUCAGAGAAAUAGAGCACAGACAUCACAGCUCUACUGAAGAUUGAGGAAGAAACUGAUGAACUCUAAAUCACCUCCAGGGACACGUCAGAGACUGCUUUGAACCAUUUGCCACUAGAGAAGCAAAGACUCUUUGCUUAACAUACUAACUUGUUUCUGUUUAUUGGUUUCUUGUUCAGAUAACUAGUUCAAUGUCUGAGGUUUUUGUGGAGUUCCAUCUCUUUUUAAUCUUCCUCGCUAACUUGGACACUUGAACUUUUUGAUCUUGAAAAUAAAUAACAGCAAUCAAUGAGGCUAUCCCUUGGAGGAGCAUUAAUAACCCAUCAACAAGUUUUUGCAGAUCCUGGGACAUAGUUCAAACUCCUUAGUGGAAAAGCAGAAGUCUCAUAUACAUUGAUAUAUUUUCCCUUCACCCCCUUGCCCUUUGCUAGAGUUACACUCUGGCCCACAGCUGAGGAAAAUGGAAAGUCUGAGUUUACACCUCCCAUCUACCAGCAACAAAAAUGCAAUGGAAAUAGAUACUUUAUCUUCCUACAGUGGAAGCCUCUCAUCUCCUAAUCCUGAAGGUGGAGCACGGAUCAGCCGCCAGGCUAAAGGUAACAAGCCUAAUGUGACCUGCCGCCGCAAAAGAGAGUUUAUUUCUGAUGAGAAGAAAGAUGCGUCCUACUGGGAAAAACGGCGGAAGAACAACGAAGCAGCUAAACGCUCAAGGGAAAAGCGUCGCCUGAAUGACAUGGUGCUAGAGAAUAGGGUCAUUGCACUGAAUGAGGAGAACGUUCGUCUCAAAACUGAACUCCUACAGCUGAAGUUGCGCUUUGGCCUCAUCAGUACAGCCUCCUACAUGGAGAAAAGUCAGCAGAUCUCCAACAGUGCUGCCAGUGUCAAUGCUAGUUGCAAUGGGAGCAGCACCAGUGGCACCCCAAAUAGUAACGCCUACCUCUCUAGCAGCGGCUACUCCAGUGCAUCCCAGGUCAUGUUGAAUUCAGACUCUUCUGAAGCAGAACAAUCAAGUCGUGGAGAACGCCACAGUACGCUCCACAGUUACUCUCCCCGGGGCUCUGUCUCUGACAUGUCUGACGCCUCUUCCAGAGACAGCCCAGAACCUAUGGGCUAUGGCAUAAAAAAAGAGCCCUCAGGUAUAGAAAUGGCCCGACUGGAAAGCAACGGGAUCAGCAGUGGCAUGCCUGAUGGUAUGUCAAAUGGUUUGACAAAUGGGACUUACCAUGGAAACCACGCUGCUCACCAGCAGAACACCCCAUUGGCUGACAGUGCCAUGGACUACCAGCACCACCAGCAACAGCAUCAGUGCCACAUGGAGGCCUCCAGUCCAGUCCCUCAGGCCACCUCUACACAGAGGAGUGUCAUCCUGUACCGCUCCAGCAGCGGCUGUUACCCCAUGGAGAGUCAGAGGCCAGAGGAGCAGCAGUCCCAGCAGAGCAGAUCGGUACAGCAUACUUCCAAGUUCUCUGACUGCUCUGUGACCAUCACAGAAGUUGCUGAGAAGUUAGAGAGAACAAAGACCCUGGACUCACCUCAGUAUGAAUACACUAAUGGUGAGACCGAAGAAGAACUUCAGCAAAGGUAUGAUGCACAACAACAGAAUGAGAACCAUCAUGGGCACUAUGGCUACCAGGGUCAUGAGACCAGUCUUCAGCUCCCAGGAAACCACCAGAACCCAUUUGCCCCUGAUCUGAUCCAUAACACUGAGGAGGGCAAGCCCUCUUUCACACAGCACAACGGCUACCUCAACACACUGGAUGAAGAGCCACCGGUGCUUACCUAUGAGGGAGGCCCUCGAGCUGAUGGUUUUUAUCAGGAGAACUCCUCAGCAAAAGACACCUCAUCCAGCGAUGGAGACCCUCGUAGUUCUGACAAGGAAGGCUCCACAGAUGAUGAGUCCCCCUCCUCGUCCUCUUCAGAUAUCAGCAGCUACCACCAGAAGACAGCUGGAGCUGUUGGUUCACCUGGUGAAUGUCAAGCUGAGGUCAAAGCCACGGCCCUUCCCCAUAAGCUCCGCUUAAAGUACAGAGCUUUGUCCAGUGGAUCACAAGUGGAAGGACAGGUGAACACCUCCAUGUCCCCUUCUCCCAAUCUGCCUCAGCAUCCUUACCUAGCUCUUCCAAGCAACCCCCACAGCACCCAAGCCAAUGGGGAGAGCAAAGAGAUGGAGAAUGACACUGGGUAUGCUGAACAGGACAAGCCUCAGGUGAAUGAGAGGGUGGAAGCCAAAAAGGAGGCAGGGAAGAAGGGAUCCAGCAGUAGCAGGGGUGGGCGUAAUAAGAGACGUGAUUGAGGACAAACAGGAGCAGCUUUUUAUGCGACUCCUUUUUUGUGUGUGUACAGCAGAUAGACAGCUUCAACUCUGAUUCACAUCACCACCUUUUAAGGAAGAUCCUUGUUAGGUGUCGUUAGGAUGUGAUAUCACAUUUCACUGUGUCACCUGUUCCUCUUUCCCCUACUAUCUAUGUUCCACCUAUCCCUCCAAUCAAAAUAAAAUAUCAAUAUACAAGAGAGGGGACAGAAUGAAACUCUGCAGAGCUGGAAUCUGGGAUUCUUCCCUUGUUGAAAUUUAAACAUUAUUCAACUAUUCAUUAUUGCAAACUGCCUCAGUGGCUGGCCAGCAUUUAUUGUGGCAUUAUAGGAACAUUCCUUUACCAAAGAAUUUGCAUCCUUCCUUUAGCAUCCUCCCAUUUUGCAAAGAGUUACAUUCUUCCUCUCUCAUUUCAUCAUAAACCAUCUUAAACAUCUGCACACAAGCUCCCUUUUUUCUGAAGCACUUAGAUUGUAUAUUACUGUGACAUAUGAAUUUGCAUAUAUGAAAUAUAUAUUUUACGAAAAAAAAUGUGGCAAAAACAAAACAAAAAAAAAACAGUGGGAUUUGGAAGUUGUAGACUUAAAAGUGAUGCGUUUGUUCCUGUUGAGACACAUUGUACAGGCCCUCUUUGUCUAGAAAAUGCCUCAAAUGUUCUUGUUUUCUUUAACUGAGACUGGGAGCCAGAACUUAAAGAAAAUAAAUAAAUCUAAACAUCCACUUUUCAGAUUUUUGAAUCAGAUCAAGGUCUUAUUAAGGCAAUCUGAGCUCAUUAUACUCUAAGCUGUCAAACAGUGAAGGCCAGUUGUAUGCAUAUCAGUCAAGGCUAUGCAGUCACACAUUGCUGUUGGCAAAACCUGACAAGCACAAGGCAAGCCUUGUUUGCCUAAAAUUGUCUACAUUUUUGGACAUCUUUCUAAAAGAUGAAAUGGUUCUCCAGUUUCAAACCGGCAAAGCUGCUCUCUCUACAUAAGGUGCCUCUUUUGUUGUGUUGUCCUUCGUUUCAUCUUUGGCUAAUGUCUUAACAAUCCCACUCACGUCUGCACUGAGUUGUUUUUUGCUAAAGUAGAUCAUUACAGUCAUCAACGUUUAACUGUUUCACUUCCUGGUGCCUGCCUCUGGCCACUGUAUAAAUGUAAAAUUGUCUUUAUCUCUUGUAUACUGCUGUCACUGUUUUAUUAUAAUUUUAUUAAUAUUGUUAUUUUCUAUUGUAUUCAGUUAUUAUUUUGGGUAUUAUUGUGUGUAUUUUCCUUUAUCCCGUUGUGUCAUUUUGCUAUAUGCUCUUCCUGGUCGUGCUUUGUAUUUACCCAUGCUCCUUCUACACCUCCAUUUGUACUCUGUGCUACUGUAUAACCUUUGUUGUUUGCCUAAAGGCUCUCUGAAAAUGGAAAAAAAUGAAUAAGGCUUGUCCAGAAGUGAUUCUGUAAUGCUAUACUUCAUGUGGAUAUGCAAAAGGUUACAAAAAAACUCUCAUUUUUGAUUGUUAAAAACUCAAAAUGGGGAAAAAAUAAACAGUUGUUGAAUUGA